GAACCUUGCAAUAAAGCAUCUUCUCGUUACUCGUGUCUUCUCUCUGGUCUUCAAGUCGCUGAGUAGUGCAAGCCUGGGGGUUUAUCGGAAUAGCUUAGGACCUGAAUAUAGCGUUCAACCUACAAGACAUAUCAUUUUAAAAAUUAUUAAGUAUUCCAAGAAUAUUGCCAUCAUGAUUUAACAAUGGUACAGACGUAUUUAAAUACGCCAAAUGUCGAUUCACUAGAAUGCACUGCUGACAUUCCAUCACAUGUUCACUAAAUACGAAUCUAAAAUCAGUUUUUACGAACAAGUGAAUUGCAAUAAAUAAACGAAUCAGUAAAUAUCAAUGUGCCACACAUAGAAAUAAAGGAUAAAUUUAACCACAUAACUCAAUGGUUUUCACUACUAACUAAUUAAAAUGAGAACAGAUUUCAUAUAUUUGUUAUUCGCAAUUACUCUAUACUCACUUCUAUGUCUAGAAGUUAACAGUGCACAGGGGCAAGAGGAAGUAACAUUUAAUGUAUCAUUAAAUAAUAGACAAGCAGAAUCAAACUCACGUAAUACUCACAUAAAUACAAAGCAAUCGAGAGAAAAAGGAAAUCGAAAUUCUCAUGGACACAGAAGUAAUCAACAUUCAAAUAGAAAUGAUGUAGUCGGAUUCCACUCUUCAAAUGAACUAUUCGGACUGAAAUACUCAAAUCAAAGAAGAAGUGAUAUUUAUACUAAAGGUUACCAAACAUUCUUUGGAAAGCGUAGACGAGGCAGUAAAUCACAUGUGAGAACCGCAUUCAGAAGACGUUCUGGCUACGAUUACAAUGGUCGAAACGAACGAAGUUCCACAUUCGAAAGUUAUGGUGAGGCAGACAGUUUCGAUAGAAAGAAGAUACGUGAUGUGUUUGAUGUGAAUGGAUAUAUUUCGGAGGGUCGAAAGCGUAGUAAAGUUGGUGGAUACAUCAAAGACGAACGACAUGGAGUUAUGUUAGGUGGACAUAAGUCGAAAACAUUGGAGAAUGAUAGGCAAUCCUCUGAAAGCAGAAGACACUCUGAAAAAAAUACUCAUCAUCAGCUGUCUACUAAUCACACUUCGGAAAACAUUACAAGGUUCGAUUCAAGUCGCUAAGGUCGACGUGUAACGUUACAUAAAUAAAUAACUUAAAUUUACACAUUUACACGAUAAUGAAGAUUCCUUGUUCGAAAUUAAUACUCAGUUUCCCAUUCCUGUUUCUUUACGAAUCGCAUCAAACUAAAAUAUAUCAACCAUGAAUUAGUGAUGGUAAAUCGUCAAUGUAUUCCAUCCAUCAUUUGUUCACAUCAAUAAUAAAUAUUGUUUCAUUCUUACCAAUCCUUCAUUCUUAUCUUUCAAAUCAUUCUUACCAAUGAAUGUCUGUUAGAUACAUUAGGUUCCUUUUCGUCAUCAUAUCGACUUCUCAUUUAUAAAAUUCCCCAGUUUGAUCUUCCUGAUCACUGGAAGAUGAAAUCUGUUGAAACCGUUUUUGUAUUCCUAUAAAUCACGUUUGCAAACUGUAAUAGGUCAUUGUGACAGUUUGUGCAUUGUAAGAACAGAUGGGUCAAGUUGCUUUACGUUCUCUUGCUUUUUUCUCUUUCCCUCAGUUCUUUUAUGUAUUGUUUCAUACAACUUAUUAAUAAUCAAUAAAUAAUUGUAGGUAGU